CUCAUAUGCCCAACACCAAUCGUGACGAUGCACAGGGUCCGGUUGACGGGAGCUUGAAGUCCUUAGUCAAGCACAAUUUCCACGUGGCAGAAGCCACAGGACAACUCAACCUCGCCCACAUGCACUUGGAGCAGUUACCGCAGUCCGUGCAGUUUCUCCCCCGACUCGUGGAGUUGGAUUUGAGCUACAACAGUCUGAAUCGAUUCCCCGGGCAGUGGGUGGCCGAUCAUUUCAAACAUCUACGCGUGUUGGCAGUCGAGCACAACGACCUGUACUGCCUCGACGACAUUCUCGCGCUCUCCACGUUACCGAAACUAGAGUCCCUCAACGUCAAUUACAACCCCAUACCGCUCUUGUCGAAUCGAAUAUACUUUUUGGAGGCACUCUUCAAAGCUAAACCUGCACGGGGGGCCAGAAGCAGCGCCGUCAAGGCGACGAUAUGUCGAGUACAAGUACCAAGACACGAAGGGUUUCCAAUGUUGCUACGGCUGAAUGGGAUAGACAUUUCGCUUGACGAUAUUGCAACGGUGGAGCGAGAGCUGGGGCGGAAGCUGCGGUAUGAGGUCGACACCAUCGAGGGGACAAGUAAAUCCAGAUCAAGUGGCCACAAGAGCAAUCGCAAGACUGUCCAAGAAAUGCACUGCAAGCAAUCUCAGUCCGCCACGUUUCCAGAACCGACCAAAGUACCGCAGCUUCGGUAUACGAUCGACGGCAACGCAGUUCCAGAGCCACUACAGAUCGAGUCUGACGAUGACAACACGGGCGACGAUGGCUUUUCAAAAGAAGAUAUGGAGGCGCUGCGACGGGAACUGCGGUUAGGAUUGGUCAUACACGACUGUGGGGGGGGUCAUGUUGUUGAAUCGUCGAGACAAGACGUGGCAGCAUGUGGGGACGCCACGUGGAACUCGACAAUUCAGUCGUUCGAUGGCCUCGCCAACGACCAGCGUUGCUUGGUGCGUGAGAAAAGCAAACAAUCCGCCGACGCCUCCUUGAAGGACAACCCAUUCAACGCGAACGUCGUUCUAGACAAUAUGAUCCAAGCCGAGCGGUCAAGACGGCUAACCCAGCGAGCUGUGGAGGUCCUCACUCAGUCCACACCAACUUCUGCCGAGCUCGAGGAUUCUGUAAUGGCAACCUCAUUGAACCGUCGUGGCGGCUGCGACGCCGGGGAGCGUUUGGUGGACAAGCUCAACGCCCAACACACUCGAGAGAUUGUAGAACGGAACUAUAAACUCACGGAAGCAUUUUGCAAGCAGCAAUUCCAAGUGGGCUCGACGACGUUGGCUCCAGAUAUUCGAGACGUGAUUGAGUCCGAGCACAAGCUCCUAAAAGCUACAAACAGCAAACUCAUGUCAAAGCUCGGUUCAAAGUCCGAGCCAUCGUUGGUCGACACGAUUGAUUUGGGGCUGAGUCGUGUACGGAACGACAAUGCCGUCGAAAGUGUGGUCAAGUCGCUCAAUCCCAAGCAUGAAAAGCGGUUGAUUCAAGCAUUGAUCGACUCGGACCAACAAGUAGUGGAGGAGGAAGUGCGUCGACAGAAAAUUCAAGAACACAAACAACGCAUGGAGGUUAUUGCGGCGAGUGAGCGCCGCCCGACGUCGUCCAGAAGGCCAGCUCGAAAGGUGUCGGCAUGGCAAAAGCGAAAUGUCCACGCUCUUCACGAACGCAACAAACCUAGCCCUUCAAAGGUGAAUGUGACGAGGAUGAAUGCAAUCGACGGGGGCAGAGAAGGGGGAAAGGGGGGUCGGCGCCGCGUGCUGCCGUACGAAACCAUCGAGCGAGUGGAGCUCGCCCGGCUGGACACGCUGCCACGUGUGACGACCAAGGAGUUGCUCGUCCGAUGCGCAGAAAUUCGCAAGCAAUCCAGGGACAGCUUGAAAGACUUGGCGCGGGCUAAACACGAGUUUGUCGAGGCCGAGAUUCAGUGGGAAUCGACUCGGAGGGACCCGAUUGAGUUGCUGCGUCGAAAAGUCAAGGCCAGUGCGUGCGAAGGAAACGAAGUCAUGAUCGGCAACCAAGAGUUCAUUUACUCUGCGUUUUAAUCGUCGUGAAUAGAUAAAGGUAUUAUAUUGUGAA